CAGACACACAAUCCAAAACAUGUCGUUCUACCCUCCGAAUCAGUACGGAGCCAAGCCGCCGAAGUCGGGCCCCUUUGGACCUCCGCUGCCAACCGCCACCAACAGUCCCGGGUUUGUGUUUGGCGCACCACCUUCCGCCAAUACUUCUGCCGCCCGAAGCGUCGCCACGCUAGCGUUCAACGGGCAAGCAAAGGCAUGGGCGAAAGCCUGUGGCUUGGAUAUCGUCAACGUUUCGUGGGAGGACUGCGCGCGUUCGAAGAACAGCUGUUACGGUCCGUGCAUCUCGGACAUGACGUUAGUGUCGGACAACUCGUGGAUGUCGGUGCUUCGAUCGCCAAACUUUGCAGAUCCAAUCAUGAGGAUCCCAUCAUCGCAGAUUCAAGUGAAGGUGGGCAACGAAUCCCGCCACGACGGCGUCGCACUCUCCACCGUGUCUCUGGCCGACUACUUGACCAACAUCGCCAAGUACACGGAGCUCGAACACAGUCUAUUUGAACCGUCCAAGGACAACCAAGUCGUGGUAAGCACACAGGCGUGCUUUCUGCCGCUUUCCGCGUCGGGCGAUGUCGACUUUCACGUCGGAUUGUUCAACUACCAGUCCACAGCCACAAAUCCAGCAGUGCUCGUUCUUAUCUCUACUGAUGCUGGCACCAGUGCCCAAGUCGUGCAGGGCAAUCAACGAGGGGAUAUUUUGUACUUUAACGACCACGGCAUCAAGCGAACGUUCCUGGCCACUCGAUUAAGUACCGACAGAACCCGCCGCGGCGUCGCCAACACGGGCGCCCCCAUGGACCAAGGCGAAGAAGCGCGGAAUUACAUCAUGGUGGUCCAGAUCCCGUUGAUCGGUCGCCCGUCCGUGUCGACAGGCAUGCCAUUUGGGGCGUCUACUACUAGUACUACUACUAGUAUACCCUUUGGCUAUCCACCAGACACAUCCGCCAAGCCAUCGUUUGCUUUUGGCAGUACCGUCAGCAGUACUAGUAGCUUUAUGAGCACCCGCAGCGAGCCAAGUGCCAACGUCGAGCCAGCCAUGUUGAGUCUCGGCCAAACUCACGGCGCAUUUGCCAAGCUGAGCCAGCAUUCGAGUAUGAGACGCGACCCAGCGUACCCCAUCCGCGUGACGUGGCAGUUUUACCAAGCUACGAGCAAUGGCGUGGUGACGCAGCCCGUCAUCCAAGCGCUGGCCAAUCAGAUGACCAGCAUUCAGACCUAUGCCACGUGGACAGGCUCGCUAGUCACGACGACAGAAGAGGUGGACACACACAACCUCCACACGGGCGUCUUCUGCGAUACGUGCCGACUGAGUAUUCAAGGCCCAAUUCGGUACAAAUGCCUCGUGUGUCCUGACUUUGACCGGUGUGAGACUUGCGUGGAUGUGGUGGGGCACCCCCCAACGCACCCAUUCUUGCGCCUCAGUCACGCGCAGUAUGGAGCGUCCAGUUACGUGACCCAGAAUCGGUCUGAACUGAGUCACUCGACCGUCGUGUGCGCUGGCUGCCACGUGUCGCCCAUCGUGGGCAUCUUGUACCGAUGCACCACGUGUCCGUUGGUAAACCUGUGCGAACGAUGCGAACUGACCACCGGCCACGCCAACUUUGACCACCCGUUGCUCAAGCUCUUUCGUUCGACGAAAUAAUAAACAGCCAAUUAAUGACGUAAUACUUCGAAAUAGUAUAAAACUAAGCCAAUCGCUGAUCCCUAA